CUGCUAUUGAGCAUAGUGGGAACAUUUGCUGAAAUAUUCAUCUAGAGCACAUAAAACAGCCUCACUAUCUGCUUUUUCUCAGAAUUCCGAAAUGGUGUAUGCUCAAGAACCACAUUUAUCUGUUUCUCGCGAAGUCGAUCCCACUCCAUUGCCUGAUGCCAUUCCCAAGGUCAAAGAAGUUGGUGCUUCUUCUGCUCCUUUGACCUCUGCUGCCUACUUCAUUGGUGCCAGAUGCCAGCCAUAUAACGACGACUUCAUGUUGUGCAAAAGUCAAUCGAGCACUGGGAACCCUGAGUUUGAUUGUCUCAAAGAAGGUCGAAGAGUGACAAGAUGUGCCUCUAGUGUUAUACAAGAUUUAAAUACCUACUGUUCAGAAUCUUUCAAAUUGCAUUGGAAAUGUCUUGAAGAUAGCAACCACGAAUUUAAGAACUGCAGAAAGGCCGAAAUUUUAUUCAACAAGUGCGUCUUUGAUAAUUUGAAAUUGGAAAAGAAAAUCCCUGGGGUUAAAGAAGCAGAUCAAAUUCAUUUAAAGAAAAAACCAUUGUAUCGUCCCUUGUUUGAAGAUACCAGUAGUGUAUCUGCUUUCAAACAGGCCCAGAAAGAAGGAAAAAUUUAAUUUUUUUUUCGAUCUAAUUUAAUCUUAAACAACCCAAUGUUAGUUUUUUAAUUUAAAGAAAGUUAUCAAAAUUAUUACAUAUUCUUUUAUAAAUUAUAAUUCAUUUCAAUGUUCACCUUUCUUUUUUUUUUUCACUUUUUUACUUUUUUACUUUUUUACGUUAAUUACAAC